CAAAGACUCUCUCCGUGGACAGACGCACGGGCCAAACAAUGAGCAGCACGGCUUGAUUCACCUGCCUCGAGCUUUGUGCCGGAAAACGAGCUCCUUUUGUGUUUUCACUUUUCCCAGGGCGUUUGGAUUUGUGAAUUUUAUCUGUUGUUUGGUCUCCCUGUGGCUGUGUUUUCAACAUGCGGACUGUAGCUGCCGCGAUUCUGCUGCUGUCGCUGAUAUCAGGGGCAGUGAGCAUCCAGGUGAUCGUCCCAGAGGUGGAGAGGAGCACCGCCCUGUUCGCCUCUGUUACUCUGCGCUGUGAUUACUCCACCUCCUCGGGUACUCAGGACGUCCUGGUCACAUGGAAGUACAAGUCCUUCUGCAAAGACCCUGUAUUGGAAUACUACUCCACAUCCUACCAGUCAGCCCAACAGCUGGGCCAAGAUCCCUCCAAUGACUGUCCUGACAGCCAGCGCACUGUACGCAUUGUGGUCCAGAAACGCGGAGCCAAUGAGCCCACUCUGGGGGCUGAGUACCGCAACCGCAAAAUCACCAUUUUAAACAAGGCGGACCUGCAGAUCACAGAGGUGAUGUGGUGGGAUAACGGAGUGUACUUCUGUCAGGUCGAUGCACCCGGAGACACUGUUGGAGACAAUGACAAAGAAAUCAAACUCAUUGUUUAUCACUGGCUCACGGUCUUGUUCAUCAUCAUCGGGGCCCUGCUCUUGAUGCUGCUCUUCUGUAUCUGCUGCUGUCAGUGCUGCCCACAGGCCUGCUGUUGCUAUGUCCGGUGCCCCUGCUGCCCACAAAAGUGCUGCUGCCCUGAGAAAUUGGUGAUGCAGCAUCGUAUGAUGAAGGAGGCACAGAGGGCCAUGGCUCCCUGGUUGGGAGGACAGCCAGUGUACGCUCCCAUGAGCCAAAUGUCAUCUCAGAUGAAUCCUCUUCUUUAUGCAGGUUCAACUUCAGGGAAGAGCAUCCCACUGAAGCCCAUGCCCCUACCCCCUCCCCAGUCAUCCGCCUACAGCAUGCCCCCGCCAAGCUCUCGCAGCAACAACACAAACCAGAUGCUGGACUACUUGGAGAACCAGGUGAGGGGGAUGGACGUCAACACCCCUCUGUUGCAGGCACAGCCAAUGCCUCCUCCCCACAUGCAGCAGAUGCCCCCUCCUCCACAGCACAUGCCCAAUAACAUCCCUUUCUCCCCUGGACCUCCAAGCAUGCUCUCAGCUCUGGAUGAUGCUCCAAACGAACGCCGGGUAAUCACACUCCCUCCAAUCAGAGAGCAGAGCAGGGCUCCACCAGCACCCAAAACGCGCCCUCCGAGCUCCAGCGAAAGCAGUCGCAGUGGGUUUGGGCGUAAUAACGACCGCGGGGCUGGUGGUAGGCGUUACCCUUCACCUUCCCGCUCCAGGGGUAUUCCCAGGAGUUACAGUGAGGAGUCCCUGGAUGGGAGGGGCCGCUCAGGGGGCAGAGGGGGCAUGGAUCGACCUCGCUCCAGAUCCAGAGACGACCUGUUUGAUGCCAGGUCCCGGAGUAACUACUCCCCUCCUGCAACCCGGAGGUCCCCAGGAUCCUGGAGCUCUGAUGAGGACAGUCGCAGAGGAGGAGGGCGAAGGGGCGGAGCCUAUGGCGACAAACCGCCAAGCUACACUGAAUAUGAGCCGGGCCAGAAACCAGGGGCACGGAGGAACGACCGCUAUAAUGACAACCGCUCUCGAACUGGCACCAGUGUCGUCAUCUGAAUCGUCAAGCUGUGAAUCUGUGAAGGUUUUUUUAAGAGCAUCCACACCUCAGAAUGGACUGGGAGCUGUGAUAGGUUGUAAAUAUGUAUGUAAAAGAGUGAACUGUCAUAUCUUUUUAAUAUGUAUCUUAAAUUAAAUAUUGAAGCUCUUUAUCAAUAGUUAGUAGUUUGUCAAGUCCCUUCACACUGAGGUACUUUCUCAGGGCCAUUUAAAAGCCAAUUAAAGAUAAAUGGUACAAUAGGUUUUAUGCCUUCCCUUGGUAGCCUACAUUUGUAGUUUUAUUUUUGUUAUGUAAAUAGUGUUUUCAAACAUUUUAAAUGAAGUUGCACAUUAAAUGAAAAUGCCCUGUGUAUUUCUGGAAGUGCUUUGAAUAAGUGUCUGUUACUGCAUAUCAGUUUGAAGUUGUUCUUUCUGUGAGAAAUGUUACAAAUUACAUUGUUCCACAGGCUGUAAGUUAUUUGACCUAGGAAUCAAGAUAAGUUGUUUAAGAGAUGGAUUAAGGAACAUUUUAUUUAAUGUUUAGUGCAUAUUAAUGAUUUUUUACUAAACGAUAACUGUUUGCACUGUACAUUGUGUUUGAAUAAAUGUUUUUUAAAAAGGAA